UCUGAACUCUCGCGAGACGCGACGCCCGACUUGUGCGCCCGGGAAACCCCGUCGUUCCCUUUCCCCUGGCUGGCAGCGCGGAGGCCGCACGAUGCCUGGAGUUACUGUAAAAGACGUUAACCAGCAGGAGUUCGUCAGAGCUCUGGCAGCCUUCCUCAAAAAGUCCGGGAAGCUGAAAGUCCCCGAAUGGGUGGACACAGUCAAGCUCGCCAAACAUAAAGAGCUUGCGCCCUAUGAUGAGAACUGGUUCUACACACGAGCUGCUUCCACGGCGCGGCACCUGUACCUCCGUGGUGGCGCAGGGGUCGGCUCCAUGACCAAGAUCUACGGAGGACGGCAGAGAAACGGUGUCAGGCCCAGCCACUUCAGCAGAGGCUCCAAGAGCGUCGCCCGCCGGGUCCUCCAAGCCCUGGAGGGGCUGAAAAUGGUGGAAAAGGACCAAGAUGGGGGCCGCAAGCUAACACCUCAGGGACAGAGAGAUCUGGACAGGAUUGCUGGACAGGUGGCAGCUGCCAACAAGAAGCAUUAGAACAAAGGAUGCUGGGUUAAUAAAUUGCCUCAUUCAUA